CUGCACGUGUCAGUGUAAUGGGGGGCUGUGCACUGGGGUCUCCUGCCCUUGUACUGGGAACCAGUCUGGGAUGAGGUGUGUGGUCACACUUGGAGUCUGGAAAAGCUGGGUGGAACCCAAAUGGCUACAACUACAACUCCCACCAUGCGCCCGCCCUGCUUUUCUCCACUUGCGGUGAUGCCCCCCGUCCAGCCGCACAACUUCUCCUGGGUGGAGCCGGGCCUCCUGGCGGGCUUGGCGAUGCCACAUGUCCCGGCACACUAUGAGUACCUCUACCAGAACGGCAUCCGCCACCUGGUGAUCCUGACGGAGCGUAAACCGCCAUACCACGACACCUGCCCGGGCAUCACCCUGCACCGCAUCCGCAUCCGGGACUUCUGCCCCCCCAGUCUGCAGCAGAUCAAGACCUUCCUGAGAAUCGUGGAGGAGGCCAGAGCCAAGGGCGAGGCGGUCGCUGUUCACUGCCUCCACGGGCACGGCCGGACGGGCACCAUGUUGGCGUGCUACCUGGUCACAUCGAGGAAGAUCACUGGAGUGGACGCCAUUCAUGAAAUCCGCCAGCUCCGCCAGGGAUCCAUAGAGACGAGCGAGCAGGAGCAGGCUGUCGUCCAGUUCCACCACCACAUCAAGUGAGGAGCCCCGGGGGCCCCGAGAUGUCCUCCUGCUACAGGAACCACGUCACGUCCGGGGGGGUCCACCUCAUCACUCCAUGUCAUUAAAUUCAGCUUUCAUU